AUGAGUGGCAACCAGGAACUGCAGGAUGGCCUGCGAAACUUCUUUUCCUCCCUUGAGGGAAGCCUGGCCAAUGACUGGGAAUGUGAACUGCACUAUGAACUGAUUCUGCAGCAGCUACGCAUUCUGAGGGAUGAUGUCAGGAGGACGCCGACCCCAGACUUCCAAGGUAAGUUACUCGGGCCUUAUGGUGGGGUAAUGAUUGCCUCUCGUAGAUUUUAUGCGCAGAACCACAACCAGCAAAGAAGGUUGGCACCCCCUUUCGUUGUUUUACUCCUUGUUCUGCCAUGUCAUUUAUAUCUCCAUAAAACUAAUGAGGCGUUUGACAAUAGCUUGCUUUGCUUGUACUUUCAUGAAGCCUUAGUCAACAGAAAUUUGCGCGUUUCGUAG